AUGCAAGCAUAUCUCGCAGAAAAAUAUAUGACAGGGCCUAAAGCAGACGCUAUUCUAUCUCGAGCAACACAAAAGAAAAAGAAGAAGCGCAAAGCUGACACAGCAACCACGGCAUCUUCAAUGUUAGUGGACGAUGACGCUGAAUGGGCAGGCGAAAGUUCCAGGCGCAAUGAAGAAGAAGAAGAUUUUGCAGAAGCCGCUGUCGCGAAGGAUCGUAGCUUCAAGAAGCGCCGUGUUGAAGAAGGUUCUGGGUGGUCAACUGUUCACGCUGGUAAGGAGGACAGUCCGCCGAUACCCGCGGAUGAACAGCCUACCGUCUUCGUGGAGGAGUCCGAACAACCGUUUACUGGUGGACUGUUGACAUCAGCACAACUCCGAAAAGCCCUUCCUAAGCCUCAGCAGAAGCAAGAGGAACUGACCAAAGAAGAGGAGGAGGCUGCUCAAGAGACCGUUUAUCGCGACGCGUCUGGCCGAAAGAUCGAUACUAAGGCCGCUCGUGCGGAAGCUGCUAGGAAGAAACGAGAAAGGGAGGAAAAGGAAGCAAAGAAAAUGGAAUGGGGCAAAGGCUUGGUCCAAAGACAAGAAGAGGAUGCAAGAAAACGUCAACUUGAGAAGAACAGAUCACUUCCGUUCGCCAGACGUGCAGAUGAUAAGGAACUAAACGAAGAACUGAAGGCUAAAGAACGAUGGAAUGAUCCAGCUGCCGCUUUUCUCACAAAAAGUAGAUCUAAGGGUCCCCGCAAACCCGAAUAUACGGGACCACCGCCUCCACCAAACCGGUUUGGUAUAAAGCCAGGCUAUAGAUGGGAUGGCGUAGAUCGUGGCAAUGGCUUCGAGAAGAAGUACUUCCAGCGACAUAAUGAGAAAAAGCGGAACACAGCAGCAAGUUAUGAAUGGAGCGUGGAUGACAUGUAA